CAAACACAUGUACUAGUACUGGUUUGUUGAGAGGAAGAGCCAAGUACAAUGUCCGGUUUGUUUCCUCUUGUCUGUUAGAAAGUAACUGCAUGAGCACUUUAUACGUCGCAGUAUUAUAUUUUACUACUCACGCGUCCUUCUAAAUUUUGAACUGUCCUUCCAUUUUUUUCAAAAUGAGACGAGCAAAGAACACAGAAGACGAUUCGGGUGCAGAGGACAAUGGAGGGUUUGAAUCAACAGUUUCCAGUCCCAGUGACAGAGCUGGUGGUAUCGGACAAGAACCCGCCUUGGGUGCCUCGUACCGAUCAUCCAUGAUGCGUGUGGUGAUGCUAUCGCUUCUGAUUGAGUUGCUUGGAUUCACUGUCAUUCUGCCCCUUCUACCUUCUAUUCUGGAGUAUUAUAGUAAAAGCGAUCAAAAUGGCUUGUACACGUGGGUCCUAUCCAAUGUUAACCAGUUUCGUGUUAGCAUUGGCGGGCCACAAUUGGAGAAAUUCAACACCGUCUUAUUUGGUGGAUUAAUUGGUUCGCUGUUCUCCUUUCUGCAAUUCCUAUCCAACCCCAUCAUUGGUGCCCUCUCUGACGUGUAUGGCCGCCGGCCCAUUCUGCUUUUAUGUAUGGCUGGCAUGGUGUUGUCUUACGCUGUAUGGGCAGUGUCGUUCUCUUUCGAGGUCUUCCUGAUUGCGCGCGUGAUUGGUGGCAUAGCUCAUGGCAACGUCAGCCUGUCCACGGCAAUUGUGGCCGACAUCACGCCGCCCAAGAGCAAGCAGCGCUCCAGAGGAAUGGCCAUGAUCGGCGUUGCUUUCUCCAUCGGAUUCAUAGUCGGUCCCAUGAUAGGCGCUGCCUUCUCGAUGUACGGCGUGCGCGCGCUGCUCUCCAGUCGAGAAUACCCGUUUCAGCUGCCCGCCCUGUUUGCUGUGGCCAUGGCCACCUUGGACUUGCUGUUCCUGUGGCGACGGUUCCGCGAGACGUUGCCGGAGAAGAACAGAGCGUCCUCUCUCGGUGAUGGAAUCCAGGAUGCCGUGGGUCUCAUCAAUCCUGUAUCGUUGUUCACCUUCAGCUCGGCUCUGCAGACGUCCUCCAGCAAAGACCAGCAGUCCGUACGACUGCUCGGCUGGACAUACUUCCUCUACUUGCUGCUCUUCUCCGGCUUGGAGUAUUCUCUGACGUUCUUGACUCACGACAAGUUUCAGUACUCAAGCAUGCAGCAAGGCAGGAUGUUCGUCUUCAUCGGCGCUAUCAUGGCUCUUGUGCAAGGUGGUUUCUUGAGGAGAAUGAAGCCUGGAUCUGAGAAGCGCACGGCGACUAUUGGAAUGGUAGCUUUGAUUCCUGGAAUGUUCAUGGUUGGCCUGGCUUCAUCCACAGUUCUGCUCUACUCUGGCCUAGCCCUGUACUCCUUUGGUGCUGGCACAGUCGUGUCCUGUUUAACAACAAUGGUGUCAGACUACGGGAGUGUCAGCGAGAGGGGACGCGUCCUGGGCAUCUUCCGGUCCCUGGGGGCUUUGUCCCGCGCCAUUGGCCCUGCCCUGUGCUGUUCAAUUUAUUGGAGUGCCGGUCCGUGGGUAUGCUACAUGCUUGGUGGUCUGCUCUUCAUCGUCCCAAUUCUCCUUCUCCAGCGCGUCAAGGCAACCAGUGAAUGAGAACUGGCUGUGCUUGCAGUGUCCGAGCCGCAAUGGUGUGCAUGAGAACUGGCUGCACUUGCAGUGUCAGGGCCGCAAUGGUGUGCUCAGUGCACUGCACUGCUGGCUUUCUCGCUGUUCUUCUUGCUGUGCUUGUUUGCUGUUCUUGCUGGUUGUUGUCGUCGUCGUCGUCGACGAUGAUGUUUUAUUAUUGUUGUCGUCGUCGUCGACGAUGCUGAAGAUGUUUUUGUUGGUGGUGGUGGUGGUGGCGGUGGCGGUGUUCUGGCCGUGCCUCCACUCCCACUGGCACAUGAUUCAACGUUGUAUGUGUGUCACGCCGAAGAUUAUCUUUUGAAUUUUACUCUCUUCCUGGACGUACGAAUUCCACUCCCCUUUUUCGGCGUUUGACUUUUUUUCUAGCCUACAUGUCUUACCAGACACUAGUACGAUAUUCUUGUUAGUUCUGAGCUCUAUUUCCAUUCUCACCUCUAGAGUUUAUGCGUAGGCAGGGUGGGUUUUACUUGUUUUCCAGGUUUUUAGGUUUUAGUUUUAGAUAGAAGUUUCAGCUGUGCAGCAGUGCUUACGGCCACGGAGAACUAAAUUAUUUUCCUGUUGUUUUUUUUCCUCCUUUGCGUGGCACUGUUCUGUGAUGCUGACAGUAGUGAUGGCGCUGCUGUUGCCGUUGCGGGUGCUGCUGCUGCUGCUAGUAUUACUAGUAUUAGUACUGCUGCUCCGACGGAGUCAGCUGCUGGCGUUUUCUUUAAUAGCUGUUCACUAGUGUCCGCCCAUCCGGUGUAGUCUAUGCAUUGCCAUUCUUGUCCUGGUAGUCUAGGUGUAUGGGGUGUAAAGCAGACGUAUCCUGGCUCUUCUCUUGACUGGUGUUGUUGGGUUGCCGUGCGAUUCUAACAUUGUCUCCUGAUCCCUGAUUCUUUUUCAAGUUUCCGUUGAGCAUCUUAAUUUUUUGCCCCGUGACACUUUGCUGUGUAGACACAAGUACAUGAUUGUAUGAUAACUUUCUUCUCGAAUCAAUGCAUUGUGCCUUGUGUUUGCUGAUACACGAUGUACCAGUACCUCACUCUAACGCAGUGGAAUCAUUGACUACUGG